AUGAAGUUCUCUGUCCUGAGCGCUGGUGUUGCCGUGUUCUCCCAACUGGUAUUUGCCAUCCCGACGCCUACUGAGCAGGAGGUCGUCGAGCGAAGGGUCAUAGCCAAGAGGGCUACGAUCACAGAUGUGGCGAAUAUUGGGUAUGCGCAGACAAAUGGAGGGACGACAGGUGGCAAAGGGGGAACUGUAACGACAGUCUCCACGCUCGCACAGUUCUCAGCAGCUGCGAACAACGCCAAGAACAACGACAUUACGCCCCGAAUCAUCGUCGUCUCGGGAACCAUCUCAGGCGCCCAGCAGGUCCGGAUCGGAACCAACAAGACUAUCAUCGGUCUCCCGGGCGCUAAAUUCGUCGGCAUCGGCCUCUUCGUGUGGAAGCAGAGCAAUGUUAUUGUCCGGAACAUCAUUAGCCAGAACGUGCUCGCGGCCAAUGGCGACGGCAUCACCGUUCAAGCAUCCCGUAACGUAUGGGUAGACCACUGCGAGUUCUACUCCGAUCUCGAUCACGACAAGGACUAUUACGACGGUCUAAUCGACAUGAGCCACGGCUCGGAGUGGGUCACGUUCUCCAACCUGUACAUCCAUGACCAUUGGAAAGCGUCACUCAUAGGCCACAGCGACAAUAACGCCGCAGAGGACACCGGCCACCUCCACGUCACGCACGCCAACAACUACUGGCUGAACAUCGGUAGCCGGACCCCCAGCUUGCGCUACGGGGUGGGCCAUACUUUCAACUCCUACUUCAAGAGCAUGAGUACGGGAAUCGAUACCCGUGACGGAGCGCAGAUCCUCGUGCAGAGCAAUGUAUUCUCGAACGUUACGCAGCCCAUCGCAGCCUUGUAUAGUGAUGCAACUGGAUACGCGAAUGUCUUCGACACAGAUCUGGGCGGAGCGGCUAACACCGCACCGGUCGGAACGCUGUCAGCGACCAGCAUGCCGUACUCGUACACAUUGUUGGGAUCCGCGAACGUAGUUGCUUCCGUGAUGGCGAAUGCUGGCGCCAAGUUGACUUUCUGA